AUGCGCAAGGAGCUGCUGAGCAUCAAAGGCCUUUCAGAUCAGAAGGUGGAUAAGAUCAUCGAGGCCGCCCGGAAGACCAGCGAGGUGGGCUUCAUCACUUGCUCCCAGUUGGUGAGCAAGAUGAAAAAUCGAUUUCAGAUCGCCACGGGCGCCGGGAAGUUCGAUCAGAUGCUGGGCGGCGGCAUCGAGAGUUGCUCCAUCACGGAGGUCUUCGGAGAAUUCAGGUGUGGCAAGACACAGCUUUGCCACUCCCUCUCGGUGAUGGCGCAACUGCCCAACAACAUGGGUGGAGCCAAUGGCAAGGUGGUCUACAUCGACACGGAGGGCACCUUCCGCCCCGAGCGCCUCCGGCAGAUCGCGGAGGCCAAGGGCGUGAGCGCCGAGGCAGCCAUGGAGAAUAUCAUCUACGCCAGAUGCUACACCUCGGAUCAUUUGGAGCACUUGUUGCAGGAAGCGGCCAGUUUGAUGGUGAACGAUGAAGAUCGUUUCGCCCUGCUGGUGGUGGAUUCCAUCAUGGGUGGCUUUCGAGUGGACUACUCGGGCCGUGGUGAGCUGGCGGAUCGUCAGCAGAAGCUGGCGCGCGUGAUGAACAAGCUGCAGAAGGUCAGUGAGGAGUUCAAUGUGGCAGUGCUGCUCUCCAAUCAAGUGAUGGCAGAUCCUGGUGGCGGUUGCGCCUUCAUGCCCAGCUAUCCGAAGCCCGUGGGUGGACACAUCUUGGCGCAUUUCUCCACCACACGCGUGAUGUUACGCAAGGGUCGCGGAGAUCAACGUGUGGCCAAGAUCUACGACUCUCCCUGCCUGCCAGAGAGCGAGAGCGUCUUCGAGAUCUACAACGGCGGAGUCCGUAACGGUGGCGAUUGA